AUGUUCUCUCUUUUUCUGGCCCUGGUUGGCCUUCUUCCUAUCAUCGUGGCCUCCCCGCUCCCUGCCGAAUACCGAAGAACAAUGGCAUCCGACGAAAAUCAUGGAAACCGACUGGUUUUCUGUCAUUUUAUGAUGGGAAUCGUUAGCAACCGCCAAAAUGCUAGCGAUUAUGACGACGAUAUGAAACGUGCAAAAGAUGCAGGCAUCGAUGCAUUUGCAUUAAACAUCGGCACCGAUCCGUAUACUGAUACUCAGCUGGCCUUGGCGUAUCAGUCUGCUGCGGACAAUGACAUGAAAGUGUUCAUCUCUUUUGACUUCAAUUGGUGGCAAGCCAGUGAGGCUACCUCUGUCGGCGUAAAAGUCGCAGAAUUUGCCCAUCAUCCUGCCCAGCUCAUGGUCGAUGGCAGGGUCUUUGUUUCUUCCUUCUCGGGUGACGGUGUCGAUGUAAACGAGAUGAAGGCAGCUGCUGGCAGUGAUGUCUAUUUCGCCCCCAACUAUCAUCCCGGUCAAGGUGAUUUCGGUGAUGUUGAUGCUGCUCUCAACUGGAUGGGUUGGAGCAGUGAUGGGCGUAACAAAGCUCCGACUGCCGAAACAAACAUCACCGUUGCCGAUGGCGAUAAUGCUUAUAACGAAGCUCUUGACGGGAAGCCUCUUAUUGCGCCUGUCUCCCCUUGGUUUUCGACACAUUACGGCACCGAGGUCUCCUACAGCAAAAACUGGGUUUUCCCUUCUGACCUCCUCUGGUACAAUCGGUGGAGAGAGAUUCUGGAGACAGGUCCUCGCUUCGUGGAGAUCGUCACCUGGAACGAUUACGGCGAGUCGCACUACAUCGGUCCGCUCUCAUCGCCCCAUACAGAUGACGGUGCCUCUAAAUGGGUGAUGGAUAUGCCACACAAUGGUUGGCUUGAUAUGGCUAAACCAUUCAUCGCUGCCUACAAGGCAGGCUCGGAAUUCCCGAUCGACUUCCUCGAGGAAGAGAAGCUAGUCUACUGGUACCGACCGACUCCCAAGGAGGCCGACUGCGACGCAACCGAUACUACAAUGCAAGGAGACCCUGACAACUCCAGCGGCAACUUCUUCCGCGGCCGACCGAACGGUUCCGACACCAUGACUGACGAGGUGUUCAUUGUCACCAUGCUGAAGGAGCCCGCGACUGUGGAGGUCCAAUCUGGUGACAAGAUCGAGACAUUCGAGGCCGAUGCAGGCGUAUGGUCGCAUUCGGUUCCCAUGGGCGUCGGGGCGCAGAGCUUCAAGGUCACCCGUGACGACGAGCCCGUCGAGUCUCUGUGUGGAACUAGCUUGAGGGAUAUCACUGACACUUGCCCUUGUGGCAUCUAUAACUUCAAUGCCUAUGUUGGCACUUUGCCAGCGGAAGAUUUCAUUGAUGAGUUGCAGCCGGCUGGCUUGUCUAUGCUGACUGAAGGAUUGCAGGUCGAGUGUGCUAUUAACACUCUUAGCAGUGCUUGUGCUUAG